CAGCUGUUUUACGCCUCCCUCGUUCACUCACUCUCACCCUCGUCCUCUGCGUGUCCCUCCCUCUUUCCCUCUUUCCCUCUUUCCCUCUUUCCCCCUCUCUCUCUUUGUGUCCGGCGUGAGCGCGCAGGCGGUCAUCACCUCUCAGCUCACGUUGCCUCUCCCCCUUCUUCCCACUUGACCGGCGCCAAAUAGCAAUUGAACUUCUCUUCGUUUCUUCUGAUUCGGAAUCGAUGCUGGAUUUGAACGGUUGACUUUUGCGCUUGCCGUUUGAUUGGAGGCGGACAAUACAAUUGAACGUGGCGUACAAAGAAGGCGCGUCAAGUCAUCAGGCGUCUUCUUGCGAGAGCAUCGACGACGACUUCAGACACGCAGGAGCACGCACACACACAUCAAGAGCACUAAUCUCUAAAAGAUUGAUGAGGUACGCUCAGGCCCCGCGAGGCCUGGUCCGGCGUCGAUAAGGCGGCUUCCAUUUCACCUCCGUUCGACCCUCCUUCGCCUCCUCCUCCAAUCAGACGCGCCGCCCUGACAAGCGGCGUGGCAGAGGCGGCGGACGAUGAUAAAUUUAGGGCCCUCGGACGGGAAUCGGGAGCCAUGACAGGUCGCGGAAAGGACGCCUCGGCUCGGGCCGGCUGGGAGGAGGAGGAGGAGGAGGCCGGGUUGUUGUUCAAAUGGCGGACGAGCAGGAAGCCGCAGAGCGGAGACUGACUUAACACGCACGCAAACACACUCGGGACAAUGUGCAACGUCUCCUUCUGUAAUGUGGAAAGCAAGGUGGAUCAGUUCUUCCAGCCCACGCUCUACAUCAUCGUCAUGGUGCUGGGCCUGCCCACCAACUGCUUGGCCUUGUGGGCCGCCUACUUGCAGGUGCGGCAACACAACGAGCUGGGCGUGUACCUGAUCAACCUGUCCGUGGCGGACCUGCUGUACAUCGGCACGCUGCCGCUGUGGAUCGACUACUUCCUGCAGCGCGACGACUGGAUCCACGGCCAGGAGAGCUGCAAACUCUUCGGCUUCAUCUUCUACACCAACAUCUACGUCAGCAUAGCCUUCCUCUGCUGCAUCUCGCUGGACCGAUACCUGGCGGUGGCCUACCCGCUCAGGUUUGUCAAGGUGCGACGCGUCAAGACAGCCAUCUUGGUGAGCGCCACAGUGUGGCUGAUCGAGAUCGUGGCCAACUCUGCGCCGCUCUUCCACGACGAGCUCUUCCAGGGCCGCUUCAACCACACUUUCUGCUUCGAGAAAUACCCCAUGCAGGACUGGGUGGCGGGCAUGAACCUGUAUCGGAUCUUCCUGGGCUUCCUGGCUCCGUGGACCGCCAUGUUGGUGGCUUACCGCGGCAUCCUGGCCGCCGUGCGCUGCAACGUCUCCACCGAGCGGCAGGAGAAGGCCAAGAUCCAGCGGCUGGCGCUGAGUUUGAUUCUGAUCGUGUUGUUGUGCUUCGGGCCGUACCACGUCCUUCUCCUGGUGCGGAGCGUGAUGUUUCUCAGGAAGCCGUGCGCCUGCGGUUCGGAGGAACGCCUGUUCGCCGCCUACCACGUCUCGCUGGCGCUCACCAGCCUCAACUGUGUCGCCGACCCCAUUUUGUACUGCUUCGUUAACGAGGGCGCGAGGCACGACGUGGGCCGCGCUCUCUCUGCGCUGCUAUCGGCGACGUGCCGCAGGGGUUCCGCUUCUUCGCCGUCGCAGGCCGACGGGCUCAACGCGGCAUCCGUUACCUUGGAAACACCUCUGGCGGCCAAGCACCAGCCGUGCGUCUACGUGGACCGAAGCCAGGCAAGCGGAUACAAGACGGAACUGGUGGCGCUCAAGGAGGAAUGUCUGCAGAUGAGCAUACUCGCCGGCAGGAAGUGACGCUAGACUGGAGAAGAAAACGUGCUUUUACGUGAGGGUUUCAAGCCGGGGUUGCGGUUACAAAGCAGUAGCAAGGCGACAAGUGGCUGCCAUCUUUGUGAAAUUGCCUCAAAAACAUGGAAUGGGCGGCCUCUAAAAUCGUCCAUAACAAAUAAAUUGACAAAAAAACAAUUGAUUACUAAAGUACAUAACAUAUUCCACUGCUCUUCUUACGAAUAACGUUCCAUUUGCUCUAUCGAAGUCGACUUUUUCAGGCAAGCGGUAGUAGUUUUGACAUGUCCCAUUAUCGAAUUUUCAAACUUCUUACUGCGUUGUACUCAGGUUGAAGUGGCCAUUCCAGGCAGACUCUUGUCACAUUGCUAAAGUAGCAUGGCGGUUUAAAAUUAGGGUUUCAAUUCAGUCAGGGUUUCAUUUAUGGUAAGGGUUUCCAGAGAGGGUUGGAAUUUCCUAUUUGGGUUCCAAGCCAGGGUUAGGCUGCCACGCUUUUGUGUUUCUGUUGCAAGGAGUUGUGAAGGGUACCAAAAUAAGGCCAGAUUCGGCCUCAUCCAUUGAGGUACCAAGUGUAGUGGUAGGGUUGUAAAGGGGCGCACACCAGACCCAUCAGGAGGGACACUUCCCAACCGCAAAGCGGACCAGGCGGCUUGAUAGAAGCAUGACUGAGGCGGAAACAACUUCCUGUUGUAGAUGAAGUGAGAUUACUUCAUCAGCGUCUUUCGGGCAGGAUUUGUGUGGCGAUUCCGCUGGGAUUCGUUCACGCGUGAACGCUGACUUUCCUGCCGUGUCAAAUGAUGCCCGCACUUUUAAUCCAUGCAUGGAGACUCUCUUUGAUGUUUAUCUGCUUUUCUGAUGUCGAAAGUCAAGCUCGUAAGUUAUUCAUUGUUUUGUUUAUGAACAGAAUAAACCGUAUUGUCACCUGGCCAACUCGUCCUUGAA